AUGCAAUUGCAUCCCUGCAACGAAAACAAUCCUGCAGAGACCGUGAAUAUGCGUCUCCAAACCUACCACCACUCUUCUUCGACUAGGGGGCUGUCCAGCAUUACAACCCUUAUUGUCGGCGUCACCGAGUCUGUCCUAAUUGACCCGCCCUUCCUCAUUCAAGAUGCUGAAUCCGUCGUCCGCUGGGUGAAGGCCACCACAACAACCCCCCUCAAAGCCGUCUUCGUGACCCACCACCACCCCGACCACUUCUUCUCUGCGAACCCCAUUCUCGAUGCAUUUUCGUCCGCGAAAUUUUACGCGGCACCAUUCGUCCUCGCGGGAAUCAACAGAGAGUACGAUGAUAAAGUGAAAUACUGGCCGUCGAUUUUUGGGAAGGAGAGUGUUCCUGAGACUCCACGAAAACCGGAGGCGUUUCAUUUUACUUUCUUUGUCUUACAGGGAAAUCCAGAGAGUCCGGUUAUGUUGCUGGGACCGUUGCAGGGGGAUUCGGUUGAUCAUACCAUUUUUUGGUUGCCUGCGGAGAGGACGGUUAUUUGUGGGGAUACGGUUUAUGGGAGGAGUACGCAUGUUUGGGUCGAAGAAGUUGAGACGCCAGCUCUGCUUGAAGCGUGGAAUAAAUCACUGGAUGUCAUUUCAUCUCUCAACCCGGUCAAGGUCAUCCCGGGACACCUUGAGCCGGGCUGGGAGCUCGAUGCGCAAGCUGACCUAGCGCACACCAAGAAGUACCUCUCUUUAUUUGCUAAUAAGGUGACGUAUGCGCCGUCCAAGCCUAAGGUGCAAGAGCUCUAUGAGUAUUUCCAGAACGAGUUCAACCAGUGCAAGGAGAACUUGAACUUCUUCUUGGGACACUUGUCGAAUCAGUUUGGUGAAGGUGGCCGGGUCUGGGAGGAGAAUAGACAUCAUGCCGUUGAUAAGCGGAGGAUUGAGGAUUUGAAUGGCUUCUGCUUCUAG